AUGCAUGCAGAUCUGGUUAUCCUUGACAGUCGAAUAACUCCACAUGACCUUCGAUACUUGAACGCAUUUGUCAAACCAAAACUACUCGAGGACAGUAAAGCUGAGGGAAGUAAGUUUUUAAUGUACAUUCUGGCUUCUCCUUUAACAGAGGCGGAUUUAGGAACAGUUUUGCAGUUAGCUCUUAAAGUGCAAAGUAACACAUGUCCUUAAAUCUUUCUGUAAAAAAAGGGUUGCCAAAACAAAUUUCGACAGAAUUACAAAUUUCAUUUUAAAAAUGCGCAGAAAUAGAGACCAAUAAUACCUUGUGAAAGUACAUGUCUUCUAAAACUUCCCCAAACGAAUGGCGUGAACCAUUUGAUUUUCCAAACGAAAUUUUGGGAUUUCCUAUUUCAGUGGAAAGUUGCCCAUAUUUACUUUUCUUCUUUCAUUAGUGAUGCUUCAGAAAAAUGGAAUAGAAGACUUUCGUCCAUUGGAUGUCACCUUAGAAGACGAGGAAUAUCCAUCCAAUAAUGAGCUGCGGUACCAAAAUGGGAUUGAUCAUGCAUCGGUAUCCGACAAAAGCGAUGAAAACGGAGGAUUAGAUUUACAGAGCAUGCCUGAAUAUAAAUCGGAAACUAAAGCAGAUUUUAAUGCGAAUCAAGAAGCGAUAGAUUGGAUAAUGAAAGACCCUAACGACUUUAAUGUCAAAUCAUAUGAAGACAGUAGUUUGUUGGAGGAUUCAGACAAUUUUGCUACCAAUAAGGAUGAUAAGAGUGAAACUGGGAAUGACAACAAUUCGCUUCUUAAUCACAAGAAUUAUGGGAGCAAAAGACACCACGCUUCAUCUCAUAAUGGCGUGGGAUACUACAGCCAUGAUGCUGGUGACAAGUUGUCUCCAUCAGACGACACAAGCAUCAAAACACAAAGACAUCGCCACGCAGAAAAAACCCAAUGGAAUGAUAACGACAAUGAUCAAGACAAUGACUUCAAUUCCGAUGAACUUCAAGACGAUUACGUUAACGAUGACACUGAUAAUGCGAAAUACAAGGACUUUAACAGAGAUAGCGACGAUAAUAACUCACAAGAAACGUCAAUGACAAAUCUCAAGCAACGAGUUAGAAACCAAGAUGCAAACCUGUUCAAGGAACUAGAAGACUUUCAAAAUGUUGAUGACGGUGGGAACUUCGACGAAUCCGAUAAUAUUUUAGGGAACGUUGAUGAACAACACAAUGAAUUUGGAAACACUGUAGACAAUAGUGAAAAAGAAGAUGAUCGUGAAGAUGAAUCUAUCUCCCACGACGAAAACACAAUUUCAAAUACAAACGAGAGAACUGAUGAUGAAAGCGGAAAUGAAAGUGAAAGUAAACAUGAACAAAAGGAUGAAGAUGAAAGCGAAACUUAUAGUGAAACAGGAGAUGACAAAGAAAAUGGAAGAGUUGAGACAAAUAAAAAUGAAAUGGCAAAUGAAAGUCAAACUGAUGAAGCAAGUGCCGCCAAUAAAUAUCGAAGUGAUAACGGCAGCGAAAAUCAAAGUGAAAAUGAAACUGAUAAUAACAAUGCCAGUGAAAAUCAAAAUCACGAUAAUGACAAUGAAAAUAAAAGUCAAAAUGAAAUUCAAAAGGACGGUGGAAGUAAAACUCAGAGCACGAGUAAAAAUAAAGAAGAAAACACUACGGUUUCCAAAAACAACAACAAGAAAAAUGAUGACGACUAUGGUAAUAGCGCUAUAAGAGGUAAAGCCGGUGAAAAAGAUGGUACAAAAGGACAGAGAGAAACCACGGAAGCUAAAGACGUUGGUACCGAUCAGAAAAAUUUAGGCUUAAAGACUAAAAGUGUCUCUAAAAGUGACAAAAUGCAGGGAAUUAAGGAUAAAACUCCAGGAGAAAUCAAUAGUCACAAAGAAGAAGACCAAAGAAACAACGACGGUUCAUUGGACGAAAGCUUUGCCAGGCUAGAGGAAAGGAUUACCAAUGAAAUCAAAGAAUUUAUGUCUCGAAAUGAACCGGAACGCUCAGGCAGUAGCAAACAGGUAAAGGAAGAUAAACUUGAUACAAACAGUGAAAGUGCGAAUAACAUCUCCAAGGAAGGUGUCGGUGAAAAGGAAGGAAGUAAACUUGGUUUUCCUACCGCUGAAAUUGUGGGACAUUCAAAAAGUGAAAAAGUAGGCCAUGUCAAUAGAGCACCUGAACAGAAUCAGCAAACGAGUGGCAAAAGUGAUAAAGAACACAACUAUAAUGAGCAACAUGUUGUACGCCAAGAAAAAAUUAGAACUGCUUUUUCAAAUGCAGGAAAUGACAAGUAUACAGAUAAACCUGAUAGAAGUGUCCAGGGUUCAAAGUCCAGUGCAAAUAGAACGUCGACUCGUAGGUAUCAUGAUCAUAAAGGAUUGGUUAUAACAACGGACGAACCGCUGACAGCAGAAAAACCUGCAACAGUCAAAGACAAACAGCAGCUUUUUCACCAUAAGGAAGAGCAAAUGAUGAUAAAAGAUAAGCAAAAUCCUGAAACGACACAUACUGUAGGCUUCAACAGACCCGCGCUCGUUGGGAAAAUAAGAGCACAACGUCUUAAGGAGGAAAUCCAUGAUAUUCAUGGAAAUUCUGAAAGCCCGACAACUACUGGUUUUCGACGAAAUCAGCCAAUGUACGGUCCUUCACCAGGUAUUUUCUCACUAGCAGAUGCAUUAAAAAUGCAAAACAUAGUGUCCUAUUUGAGAGGAACGACGACGCACACUUCACCUCCUACGGCAUCCCCAAGUUUUGGUCCAAAUCGGUUCUCGCUGAAAAGUCUGUACUAUUAUCCCAUGCACCCAACACCUCAGGGAGAGCCGGAAGAUGAUUCCGCAACAAAAAGUAAGCUCUCUCAAAUUUAGUGUCACUGCUUAUAAAAUACUGCAUUUUAUAAAAAUGCGUUGAUUGCUUAAUACUUCUUACUUAUAGAAGAGUUCCUGUCCUGAGAUUUUAGUACAAAACUCACUUGCGAUGCCACUCAAGCGACAGUCACCUUGUUUUACAAUUUAAAUUACCUGUUCCUAUGCUUCCUGUAAAUAUGACCCAUGAUUUUUGCUCGGCUUCACAUGGUGUAUUUUUAAAUACCAAGUAAUUGUCAACCAUUUAAACAAUUUCCAAAAUUCGCCCCAGAAAAAAGGCAGGGUCAGCUAAACCUCUUGUUGCCGUAAUCAUGCAGUUACUGUCAUUUUUAGUUCGAAACAAUGCGGGACCACCGAUGUUACCGCUACGCACUGCAGCCUGACUAUGCUUACAAUGUAUAUUUGAAAAACCGUCUACGUCAGAGUAACAAACUUCACCUUGAACCACAUUUAGACACGCCCUCUAGUAUCUGAAUGUUUUUCAUCCGACCUGAUUAAUAUCCGCCUCUAUUGUCUUCACACAUGUUUAAGAUAACCACUCUUUCCUAACUGAGUUUUUGGCCUACCAGGUUGCAGAGGCAAAUGUGACCAUUUAAAAAUAUGUAAUAAGAGGUAAUGGUAAAACAACAAAUGAACAUCGAAGUAAAACUUAGGUUUUUCUAUGAAUUCAUCUUCGCUUCUAGAAAUCUCAAUCGUACUUAAUAGUUAGGGGCUGUGUCCAUAGAGGGAGGAAGAUCCUAGAAGGAGGAUCAUCCUUUUAGCUUGCGCCAUAUGUUUUCUGUAUUCAGUUUACAUGUGAUGGGUUGUACUUGUCCCUAGCGCUAGGAUCUUCCUAGUACUAAAAUCUUCCUGGCUUAGAGGUAUGAAGAUCCUAGCACCAUGUAAACUGCCUUCGCUAGGAACAUCCUAGUACUAGCGACAGCCCAGACAAAAAUGGCAGCGGGUCGUUCAGAAGCUAAUCACGGUAAAAGGCCGACCAUUUCGUUUGGUGUUACAACGAGCUGAUUUUUGUGAUAAUUGUGCUAAAAGGUAGUUAUUGACGUCAGUAAAGAGAGCAGAUGGGGCCAAUUUCAUUUUUGUUUUUGUCGCCCGCCCAUCUAAUUCCUUCUCGAUCCUUCUCCACUUGAGCACCACACGGACUGAAAUGUUUUGCAUGAAAACCCAUCGAAACGAUGUUCUGCCUUCUAGGAUCUUCCUUCUUCCCACUUAAAAAGACACAUAGGUAACUUCGUUAUUUCAAAGAUCCAUGUGUACAGUAAACUUACACCAAAGAAUAUACAUGUAGUCAAUUUAAUUCAUCUACGCACUAGAUAUUGACGUUGAGGGUUUAACAACCAGUAAAUGUAUAACCUGUACAGUAAAAUAGGAUUUCCAUGUUUCCAUGAAAUACACUCAGUAACUUAGAGCUCUUUAUUAGAUCUUAUGUUUAGUGAGUGGAAUGAUUGGUCAACUUGCUCCGUGACGUGUGGGAAGGGAACAUCUCUUCGAGCACGAAUCUGCCUCGUGACAUCCUGCUCUCAAAAGGAUUUGUUUCAGACAAAAAGCUGCCAGAGGAGUAUUUGUGCAGGUACAUCAGCCAUUAAAAUAAAAUGGGACAACGGCACCCAUACAUCUCGGCCGGAGCAUUGUCGCUACUACUUUAAUGAAAAAUUAUUAAAACUCGUUUCAAGCUCUCUUAUAAACAACUUCUCAACAUUUUGUUUAUCCUCGAAACGUUAGGGUCGGGCGACACACCCUUCCACCUUUCUUGGUCUCGUGCAAGUGUAGUGUAACCACUUUUCUUUUUAAAAUGGUUGAAAUAAUCAUCUUUUUACAUUAAUUUUGUUGGAACUGAUACUUUUUGAAAUGACACGAUCUACAAAAAGUUCAACAUCGUCUCGACAAAUCCGGUGACCAGCUGUUUGACUGUGGGUUAUAGCUACAACUGCAUGUCUAAUGUUAAAAAAUUCACAUUUUAAAAAUGGCCUUGUUGAGUUACCUUCACUUAGUUCCACUUAGACAUAAAAGACAGGACAAUUUCUCUUUACCUAAUAUAUUCAUUUACUCAUUUUUUUUUUCUUAGAUGAUUUGGAGAGAGAAUCGUUGGAGGAACACAACGAGCUGAGGGCCAGGCACUUCUCACCUCCCCUUCUUUGGUCACAUGACUUGUCUAGAAAAGCUCAAGAGAUUGCUCAGAGACUGGCCACAAAGGAUUUUCUUACACUGGAUGAUCUUCAGGAGCCACAAGGGGAAAGUCUAUCUCAGAUUCAAUACACAGACGAACACUUGGCCAAAAAGGCAAUAGACAAAUGGUACAGCGAAAUAAAGUCGUAUAGUUAUUCGUAUCCUAAAAUAAGCCCCAAAACACGACAUUUUGUGCAAAUUGUAUGGAAAGGCACCAAAGAAAUGGGAUUAGCUUUUGCAAAAAGCCCUCAUGGAGAUAACGCGUUUGUGGUUGCGUUGUACAAUCCGCCUCUUAUUGAAGGCAAUGGACAUUUACAACAAAAUGUUCUGCGACCUGGAAUGAAGAAUGACCUUUAUUCCACAAUCAAAAGGAAACGAAGAAGCGCUGUAAAAGUUUCCUAAAAAUGACGACGAUAACGAUGGUGAUGGUGAUGUCCAGUAACUGUGAAUACUUUGCCAAACAACAAAACGAUCGGUAUCUAUGUGCAAUUUGCAGAUUCUAAUAGCAUUGUUAGAUAUAUUGUGCACUGAGGAAAUAUGCUUCAGGGCCAAAAGUACAGUCAGUACAACCAUAAACUGUCCGCUUGCAAAAUGUCCUUUUUGAAAUUGAGUACAGUAAAAAAAAAUUUAUUAAUGAAAUAUGUAGAAUUAUUAACGAUUAUUCUGCAGACUUUCUUAAAUAAACCUUUAUUUAAAAUGGGGAUUUUUUCAAUCAAAACCGAACCCAUUCUCAACUAAUCACUAAAUCAGUUUCUUUACAGUACACCAUCAGUAAGAUGAAAUUCAGUUUUUUGGUAAAAGGGUGAGAGAACGGCAGACAAGAAGCACAUUGAACGAGCGAGGUUCAAGGAUAUUCCUACCAAAUGGUUCAAUUUAAUAAAGAUCAUUCUUUUCUAAAUGUUUAAGGGCGCUUUCCAUUUGUCAGAACGGCCAGCCAGACCCUUCCCGAUAUAAUGAGAAUUUCACUGUUAAUCAAACCUAUUCGGCCAGAUUAGUCAAAUCCUAAAGAGUGUGCAGGAAGGGGAUGGUUUUUAGGCAAAAACCCUUGGAAAAAGCCAAUUUCAUUGUCAAAAUGACUGGUCCAGCUGGCCAGUUCUGACAAAUGGAAAGCGCCAUAAGUAAGUCAGUGCAUGUACCGUGUGUACUGUUAGAAAUAAAGCCAAGGCUUUAAGGGAUUCACUCGCGCUUUCAUUUUUUAAUACGAUAUUAAACUGAACAAAGAAAUGAAUGAAAAGGGUAUAGAAUAUUGUAUGAAAUAAUCAAAAGAAGAACCUUUUUCCUACCGGCCGGUGAUCACUCUCGUUCGUCGUGCUCAAAUGGAACUGGUGUUCCACCAUUACGAUUCAACGUUAAGAUGAGUAAAGUAAAUGGUGAUUGCGUUGUGUUUAUCCGGCUUCUGUGACGAAAUACUAAAGUUGAUACAAGUUUACCGACCUGCAAUUCUUGUGGCUGUGAUAUUUCGUUGGACAAAGGGAAAAGCUUCCACCAAAUGAAGCUACUGUAGCCAACUUAUUCAGGUGAUUGUUGUGAACUGAUGACUGAAGGACAAUUUAAACCCCAAUUUAUUGAUUUCCUAAGAAAAUAUUGACUGAUUACCUGCUGUGGAGCCGGGGGAAGGCGGGGUAACACAAGAAAUAUCUUGUCCAAAAUCAAAUCCUGUGGGAGGUACCACAAUAAUGUAAUGCAAAAAGAUUUCGACGUUUACCCUGACACAAAAAAAGAAUUUCCAGCUGGUCAUCCAACUGAAAAAAAUUAUUCGUUUAAGUAUGUUCUUUUAACAAAAAAUUGACGACUACUUUUAAUCAGAAGAGGAAAAAGAAAUAAAAAAAUCCAAUAAAAGAUCUGAACACUCGCUCAGGUAAGAUGUUUCUUAUGUAUUUCUUACUGUUGUUCAAAAUAGCAACUCGGGGAAUCGUUGAUCUGUGAAGUGCGACCUGCCGUUUACCAUCCUCCGAAUAGCAAACCAAGCUAAGAGGUCACAAAAUCGUUUUCCUACUGGCUAACCAACUAGCACAUUUGCCAUUCGACUUCACAAGCUUUUUCGCUUUUUUUUUGUAUUGUGAGGGCUAAAGACAACAAGAUGAUGUAAUAUAAGUUGGCCUUGCAAUUGAAUUUUCUUGUACAUCUCAGAAUGGAGUUUUCAUGGGUUUGAAGGAAAGGUAUCUAGCUAUAUUUUGGUACUCAUUUAGGUACUUUGGUCUUAAUUGACAAAGAAGUGGACAAUAAGCAACAGAGAAGCUUCACCAAUUGAAGGCACGUUUGGUGUCCGUAGCUGUCACCAGUAAGAUUUAACUGAAGAACGGCAGUUAAUUGCUUCAAUUUCUACACAAACAAGACUUAAAAGCUACGACAAAAUAUCGAUAAAAAUAAAUUUAAACAUCUGCAGUUGGUAGCCAGGUAAAGGUGAGUCAGUCGACACAAUGAAAGUUUGUUUUUUUCUCAGGCUCCUCGGUUUGGUGGAUAGUACAAUGAGUUUCAAUCACCUUGCGUUAAUAAGCUAUGGUUUUUUGCUGUUCUUGUCACUCCUGUUACAAGCAAAUGGUAAGUAAACAAAAACACAUGAAAUCUUGAAUGUGGAAAAUCACGUUAACAAAAAGGUAAGUAGUGCACCACAAAAUUAUAAACAUGACCAUCUCGUAUUUUUAGGGCCGGUUUAUAUGAGGUGAGCCAUCCCAGUUAGCCGGGCUGGCUCGCUUUGUCAGGCUGGUAAAUGUACUGGACAAGAAGCUGUAAUUUUUUCUUUUAUUAAUAAUUUCUUUGCUAUAAUAAGGACAGGUAAUUUGCAAUAUUGACAUAAUGAACUAGACAUCGGUGACGCAGCCCCCACAAACGAAUUUUUGUUUUUCUUCCUCAGAAAUCUUAAGCAAUGUUGACACUUUCAUAAAAUGACAAACUUAAGAAAUUCGGAAAUUUUAGAGAAACCUUAAAAUUCUUUUAGAGAAUGUUUACUUUUUAAGGUAACCAACUAAUACUACACCAUGAAAUUUACAGAGAGUAAUCGACCAAACAUUUCAUACGCAUGGCUUGUAUCACUUGUAGCAACUUGCCAGAAGUUAAGUAGUAAUCUCCGAAUAUGAAACUGUUGUCUUUGAAAGCAAGGCAAUUUAAUUCUCAUAGUCUUUCGAAGAAUUUUAUUUCCAAGCUUACAUCGCUAGGCGGUUGAGCACGUCUAUAAUGAUCUCGGAACGAUAAUCAAAAGCAGUGUAAAAUAAGAUAGGAAUGUUUUAUUAAAUUGUAAACCGAAGCAUGUUAGUUGGACCGUCUUCAUAAAUAUUUCCCUUAGCCAGAAAGGGUAUUAAUAAAAAAUUCAAUGAAUAAUUAUACCCGGGGAAAGGUGUAAAUUUGGGGAUUUUGGUCUCGCUUAGGGUGUUCUGGGCAAGACACCAUUAUAUUUAGCCGUAAAGGUCUCUUUUAGGGUUGCACUUGAAGAAAUGUUAAAAAAUUAUGUAUUUUCAAUUCGUUUUAUUUACUCGAUUCAUGUAAUCAAAGUUUAAAAUGAUCGCUUUCAGGGGUAAAAAAAAAAGGUUGGACCACGCCCAGAUUGGUCUUCUUUAGGGGUCUAAUUCCAAAUUUCCGACGAGCAUCCCCGCCCCUUUCGAAUGGGAGUCUCCCGCGGGUAAUUAUAGCACAUCAGGGUCACGUGACCUAAAAGUAUAGUGGAAACUCGAUAUGACGAAAGCAUUUAUUACUACGUCCUCGGUAUAACAAACGAUAUUUUUCACACCAGUAAAGAGUAACGUCCAUGGAAAAUAACCCCCGAAAUGUGGUUUAGUAUAGCGAGCAUAUAUUGGCAUUCCCUUAACCAUCGUCAGUUAUAUCGAGGUUCCAUUGUAUUCGUGAAAUCAAUUUGACUCAUCAUCCCGGUCACGGUCAUACGAGGAACAGCAGUGCAAUAACGGAAAGAGAUAAUUCCGUUGUUCACGUUGCAUUACAUUCCCGGAAUUGACCAUAACGGGACAUGUGACAGAAAUAUUUAUUUUUCAAAUAAAAGGCGAAUUGAGUCUAUCGAUUUUUAUUAUGUUAAUUUUAGAAGGUUAUGAUAAAUUAUCGCAAAGAUUUGUAUCACCAUUCUUGAGUAUUUUUUACGAAGACGGGUGAGAGAUGAAUAAGGAUUGUCGUUGGAGAGUCGCUAAAGGUAGCGUUCAAACUUUUGAGAGAAAUUUGAUGACUAGUAUAGAUCAUUUGUUUAAUCCACGCGUCAGUUGCAAGUUUGCUACAAGUAAGUAAGUUACCGUAUAAUUAACACAAUUUUUAGGAACAAGGAGAUGAAAGUAAUGACACUGGAAGCAAAAUAAGUCCUGUGGAAGAGGCUGAAGAAACAAAUUUAAACGCUGCAUUUGCUUUUCUGGAAGUUUCAUCAGAUCCAACUUCACGACACGAAGAGGUUGAAAUCACCUUUGAUAGAACCGUUUGUGCAUUGAAGACGAAGAUCAGGAAGUCAGAUAGAUGAAGAACAAAGUCAUCAGGAAAGUCGCAUAGUUUUGAAUGAAGCCAUUUCACGUAUCACAGAGGGAAGAGUUAGUCCAAUAGCAUCGUCUCUCUGUUCGAACUGGGAAAGUACAUCAAGCUCACAAAAAUGUUAUUAUUUGCGAAAAGUACGCCAGGUUUUCUCUGCGGUUCUCUCAACAAUUGCCGAUCAAGAAGAAGUAUUUGAAGCCUUAUGACAUUCAAGAGAAAACCCAUGAUGAUGUUAAGGAAAAAUGCUUUUUAGCAACGAAAUUCCAAUUUUGCUUUCAAUCUGAAAGUCGUCAUACUCGACUACAAAUUCUCUCUAUGUUUUCUUCAGACAUUUUUUCGAAACAGGAACCCGGGAGAUGAUUCCAGGUCUUAGUAAAUGGCAAAUCGAUCGUGCUCGGCGUCAUGCAGUACCGAUACCGAUAAAACGAACACGCCUUGAUCCCGUAAAGACAGGCCACUUUGUGAACUUUAUCGCCAGACCAAAUUUCCUUCAGGACGUUGCUUAUGGCACUAGGGAACUGAAGCUUGAUUCGGGAGAAAAAAUCACUAUUCCAAACGUAAUCAGGACAAUGGUUUCCUCCCGGUUAAUAAGACAAUACAUCUCGUUUUGCCAAGAGACAGGCUUUGAACCUGCAAGUGAACGAACUUUGUACAGGAUAAUUGACGUUUGUUCCGCUUCCAAGCAGAAAUCAAUGCAGGGGCUGAUUAUUUUUUUCAACGGAAGGAGCACAAGCGUUUGAAAUCCUCCAAAUUGUCGUCAAUACUCUUGAGAAAGGAGGCCUUCUGAUUCCACUUGGGCUAGGGAGAUGUCUAAAACGCUGCAGGAGACCAAAAAGAUAUUUGAAAACCGAUUACAAAAGUCACGUGGGACAAGAGGGAGAUGCGAUCACUUUUUAGUCUUUCAGAACCCAGGCCUUCAGGCAGCAGUGCGAUCACAUUCACAAUGAAUUAUGCAACUAUUGCUGCAACUGAUGAAGUUCUCAGUAACAUUAUGAACAUGAUAAAUUGUCCAAAUGUGACUCUCACAGACCAACAGCAGAGUGGCGUUCGACUUACCCAUGCAGUGGAGGCAAUCCACGAUUGAAAGCUCAUCUUCUUCGAUCCAUUAACCAGGAACAAGCCAAGCAGGACGUUCUCAGUGCAUUGACUGACGACAGCGUAAUCAUAAUGGACUGGGCCAUGAAGGUACACCUUCCGAAAAGAUACAGAGAACAAAUUAGCGACUUUUAUGGUAAACGAGGGAAGAGUUGGCAUGUUGUUUGUGUUAUUUUCAGGUCUGGUAGUGAAAGUCACUCGGUAGAAACCUUCGUUCAUGUGUCUUCGAUACUUGCACCCAAGACUGGUUUUCUGUUGUUUCUGAUUCUGGAGCACCUCCUUUCAACUAUUAAAGAAGAGCACAAAAAUGUAUCGACGGCUUAUCUUAAAUCUGAUAACGCAGGCUGCUACCACAAUGCCUCAUUAAUUACUUCUCUCAAAUCUAUUGAGAAAGAGCAGGAAUUCGUUCGAAGAUUUGACUUCUCUGACCCACAGUCAGGGAAGGACAUUUUGUGAUCGCAAAAUAGCACCGAUGAAAGGGCAUAUCCAGAGAUGGGUCGAUGAAAGGCACGAUGUAAUUACUGCAGGUGACAUGAAGGAAGCGCUGGAUUCUCAUGGUGGAGUGCGUGGAUGUGGGGUGCAGUAUCGGAGGUUGAUAUUUCAAAGGAGUGAGACGGUAGAAUGGAAAGGAUAAGUACGUUGUUCAAUUUUGAGUUUUUAACUACAGGAAUCAAGGCGUGGAAGGCUUAUGGAGUCGGUGAGGGACAGCUGUUUUAUAUGAGAACCUAACUCAGUGUCUGCAAGGCCAACAUGUCUUCGCGUCAUUAUCCCUUUACGACCAACAAGGCAAAGGUUCAGCCAAGUUUGAUGUCGAAAACAAAAGGUCCUGUAAUAUGAGGAUCUUUUGUGGAAGAGGAAGGAUGUCGCCUUCUUUCCUACCCAAAGCGAUCUACAAGUUCACAUGGACACUGGGCGACAUAUCAUGGUUAUGGAACGUGAAAGUACUUUUACGAUUUGGCACGAAAAAGUGGGCAGAAAAGGACAGGAGUUCAACUAUCGCACUUCGCUGGAAAAGCAGGAGUAACACAAGAAGGCAGCGGCACGGUCACUUUAUCGAGGAAAGAACCACUCCAGGGCAAAGAAGCAAAGGAAAGGGCCAAGAGCAACCCAGAAUGUGAAGAACUUCCUGCUUGAAAAAGUUCAAUAGUGGAGUAGAAACGGGAGAGUUGAAAAACUGACCCCACCCGCGGACUACCCACUGACCCCACCCGCGGACUAAAAUCACGUUAACAAAAAGGUAAGUAGUGCACCACAAAAUUAUAAACAUGACCAUCUCGUAUUUUUAGGGCCGGUUUAUAUGGGGUGAGCCAUCCCAGUUAGCCGGGCUGGCCCGCUUUGUCAGGCUGGUAAAUGUACUGGACAAGAAGCUGUAAUUUUUUCUUUUAUUAGUAAUUUCUUUGCUAUAAUAAGGACAGGCAAUUUGCAAUAUUGACAUAAUGAACUAGACAUCGGUGACGCAGCCCCCAUAAACGAAUUUUUGUUUUUCUUCCUCAGAAAUCUUAAGCAAUUUUGACACUUUCAUAAAAUGACAAACUUAAGAAACUCGGAAAUUUUAGAGAAACGUUAAAAUUCUUUUAGAGAAUGUUUACUUUUUAAGGUAACCAACUAAUACUACACCAUGAAAUUUACAGAGAGUAAUCGACCAAACAUUUCAUACGCAUGGCUUGUAUCACUUGUAGCAACUUGCCGGAAGUUAAGUAGUAGCCCAGUCAAAGUAGCUAUUUAACACCAAACGUCAACAGUUCGUCUGACUUUCUUCCAGGAGACACUGAGUAUCCGUCCUCUGAGUCGUUUCUUUUUUGCAAUUUGUAAUCCUUUACGUUAGAAACAUUGUUGUACACCUAACAGAUUUGAGGGUUAAUUAGCUCUUUUCGCAAUAAACUGAGCUUGGUGAAACAUAGUCUGCAAGAUUUUGUUUGUACCGCCAUUAACAUUGUUAUACAAUUGUCUGUCCUUUUAAAAUCUUCAAAACUGCAUUUUGUACCAUUCAAACUUCCUGUUUAUUCCCUGGUUUAUUACAACUAGCUCUUGGCACAAAUAUCACCCAACCAAACCAUUCACCCGGCGACAUAAAUACCGGAAAAAAGAGCUCUGGCGUUCCGGUAAAUACCGGAGGGGUCUUCAAACAAAAGACGCAAUCACCCAACCAUCCAGAAAUCCAGGGUAACAGAAGAAUUGAGGUUCAAAGACCAGUUGAAGAAGGUACAGAGUAACGUUUAGACCAAAAGCUUUAAAUUAUGCAUAAUUUCAAUUGUUACUGAUUUGUUUACCCACGAAGCACUUUUAAACUCUUAAAAGAUUAAUCCGUUUAUGUUACCCUUCAGCAGCAUGAUAGAAAUAACAAUAUUGAUCUAAUGAGGUCUUAAACUGUUUUUUUUUUUACCAUAAAAAUGAAAUCCAAGCUUGCGCCGAUCUACGGCAUCAUCAGGGCAUCAUCCAGCACUACUACGGGAAAGAGUUGCGCACUCUUGGUAACGCUUAUGAAGUGUUAUUUCACAAGUGGGUCCAGUUUGGCCGAUUUAUUAAGGCAGCCGCAGCAGCGGCGGGAAUUAUAGUAUACAGUAAACCAGAUGUUGAGCACUUAAAUGAAUCCCAUGGAAGAUUUGGGCCCCAUGAUCAGAAUCAGCUGUAUUGAAUCAGCCACAAAAAGUCCCCGCUGACUUACCGUAUUUAUUCGAUUAACCGCCCUGGGCGCUUAUUAAAUUUUUGGACCUUGAGAGUGGGCGCUUAUUCGAGGUGGGCGCUUAUUCGAGGCUGGGCGCUUAUAAAAUUUUCACCCUUUUCAACAAGUGUAGUAUGUAUACUUUGCAACAAAACAGUAAAUGGUAAUAACAAAACGCGUGAAUGUAACAAAGCAACGUUUCUGCAAAACACUCUGAAAAAAACUCCGUCGUCGGGGAAGUCUCUUAUUAGUACUUAUUCAUUUUUUUGGGUGGUAGGGGGAAGCAGGUGGGUGCUUAUUUGAGUUUGAGUAGGAGUGGGAGGAGGGGUGGGGUGGGGUAGGGUUGGGGUGUUUGCUUAUUCGAGGUGGGCGCUAAUUCGAGUUUGGGCGCCUAUUCGAAUAAAUACGGUAAUUCUUUGUCCUUGCAGAUGGAACAGAAGAAUCACGCGAAUUUGAAGUGAGUGAUGAAUCUCCCGUCACUGAUGUGCUAAGUGAAGUAACAAGCAGAGACAGUAACAAGGAAGAAAUGUUCGACACUAUGCGACCCUAUAGGGAUAAAGAUGACAGGGAGGAAAGACGACCAGGUGACUAAAGUAUCCAACAGUAAUUCCUGGCAAAUUGUUGGUUUGCACUUGACGUCACGGCGGCUAUUUUGGUACUCAAGAACAAAAACGUUUCUUCCCUCUGAGAAUUAAACUCCAUUUUCACGUGAAUUCUUUGAGAAAAAUUCCAUUCUAUUGAGCACCAAUAUAUCCGCCUUGUCACGUAGAUGCAAACCAAGAAUAGAUAAUUUUGCCUCACGUGGUCGGCAGCUUGGUAAAUUUCAUAAAACAAAAAAGUUUUUACAUGAGAAAAAGUUCGAUUCGCACAGGACUUUCCUGUUCACCAACAUGGCCGCAGUUUUAUUAUUUUGUACACCAAUACGACCGCCUUGACGUGAUGCCACUCCAGAUAGAACCGUUUUCUUCCUGGAUAUUCUAACCAACCCCAUAAUUUCAGAAAGUUAUUUGUGACGUCAUCACUUCUUUUCUCUAUUGCCCAUGCGCCUGUUUCAUUCUACAGACCACAGGGCAACCAAUGUUUUCCUCUACACCAGUGUAGUUACUAAUAGUUAAUUCAUAUUUCUUGAUGUCGUUCUCGUUUAAAUACCCAACCAGCUGCUACGACGUUUAUAGGAAAAGAGAUAAACAAACAAAAGAAUAAAGGAUUACUAGCAGCCGCUGUACAGAGUGAGGACGACAAAAAAACGGAAUACCCCUCUGAUGACUCCGUUGCAGAAGGUGAGUUUCCUUCAACAGUAACUAAGCAAACGCACUAAGACUCUCGGCAUAGUUACACGCAGUAUGACGAAAGACUGUAUAACUUUUAUAAAUCUCUUUCCAAACCGACACAUGACACACAGCCUUCAAAAAGUCCAAAUGAUGAUAAUUGGGCUGACAAAAUGAGACGACAACAAAUAUCAGCAUAACCCCCCGCGAUGGGCCACUAGCUAUCGGGUAGAAAGAUUACGGGUACGGGAACGAGGGAAACAGACUGAACGAUGAAAGUCUGUUAGUCUACAGAUAAAUCUAAUAGAGCGAUAAAAAAAAUCAAAACCCACUUGGCCCCUUAUAGCUGUCUUUAAAGGUUGUGUCCAUGCCGUACCGGAUAGCUUAUCGUGCCGACAUGAAAAGAGUUCCGGGACGGUAUGAACGGUAACAAGCCGUUCACACAAAAUAAGACGCGUCUUUCCUUAGACGCGUCCUAAAUAAGACGCAAACUAUCCCGCAUAAAGAGAAACAAAAAUAGAGCCUGAUCUCAGGUUACGUACAGUCACGCUGCAAUAUGUAACAGAAUUUCAGCGGUGCCGUGGAAAGGGUUGCCCGGUUCAAACAAUUGUCCAACUUGUUUUGCAACAUUAUUCCUGCAUAACUAGUUGAAAAGCGAUUUUGCGCGUCUUACCACCCAAGAAAAAAAGCUUGCAAUGUUACUUUUUGCUAGACAGGUUCGAACGUUGGUGGUGAGACGCACCACAUCGCUAUUCAGCUCGUUUUGCAGCAAUGUUGCAAUCCAAGUUGCAUGUUUUUUGUUGCCCAUUUGACUGUAGCUUGAGACAUUUGUUUUCCCUGCAUGUGCAUGUUAUUAACCAAAGAUGGCUCACGAAAAUCUCUUGAGAUUUACAUAGCUGAGGAACCAGCGGAUCAACAGAAGAGACAUAAAGAUAACAGAAAUACGCAAGCUAGUUACAAAACUAACAAUGCAACGGCAAAAAAGAACGAUAGUAACGACAAUGGGACUGGAAUUUACCGCAGUAACACUCCCGAAAGGAGUAAGUAUUGGACAGCAUACAACGGGGGGCGGUCAGGAAAGGUGGCUUAAAAAACUAAUGCUUUGCCCGUAAUCCUCUUUUGGUAUUACAAGGAGCUAUUAAAUCUAUCUACGGUUGCCAAUAACCUUAUUCGUCACUUGGACAUCACCAACGAUACUUCUUGUUUGCACAUUAUUUCUUACCACAUCCAAAGGCAUCAAAGACCAUACGUUUCUUAAACGUGAGUCAAAUUUAUUCAAAGAGCUGGGCCCGUUCAUUUCACACGUUGUCAUAUUUAGUUUCGGAUCUCGACAAAUGAAACUCGUAAUGAUGAUCUCCCGAAUUUAACUGAUACCUACAUGUAUUCAGGAUUUCAUCAACAGAUAGGGCCCUUGUUGUAUGUAUGAUGGCUGGUCCUUUUCUUUCCAAAACAGAUGCAAUAUUUCAAGAGGCACUCACAGCUCACAACAAAUUCAGAUCACUUCAUCACGUCCUCCCUUUACAGUGGAAUGCCACGCUAGCAGAACAAGCGCAGAAUAUAGCAGAGUCUGUAGCCAGUGACCCAUCCACUUUCCAAGGCGAGCCAGCGGGUGAAAACAUCGCACAGAUAUGGCACGAUCUGCAGAGGGCACCUCUCAAGGCCACUACUAUAUGGUACGGUGAGAAGAAGGCGUACAGCUUCUCCUAUCCAGUUCUCAAUGACAAAGUAAAGCACUUCACACAGAUGAUAUGGAAAGACACCAAUCAGCUAGGCAUGGGGGCAGCGCCAAGCCCCAGCGGUAAGUACGUCAUUGUGGUGGCACUGUACCGUCCCCUGGGAAAUGACAGUCACCGCUUGAGAGACAAUGUUCAAAAGGCCGGGCAACAGCAAGAUGUGUACGCAACAAUAAAGGAAAAGAUUUUUAAACCAAAGGGUGAUAAAAAAGACAAUUUCGGUAAAACAUAACCCAAAGAUGUGCAAGCCACAAGACAGGAAAACAACCACAACAACUUUGAUCGCCGGACCUUACUCUUAGUGCAAACAUAUUACAAAAAUGCCAGUUAUAACACACGUCCAUUAUCAUCAAAGCAUUUGUAAUAAGAAAAACAAAAACCACAGAAAAUGAUGCAGUUUUACUCUGAUCCCCAUUCCAUCACUGACACUUCCUCGGAUAAGUUCUCGAGCUUUCCGUCAUACCAUGUCACAUUCUAGGUAACGUGUAAAUACCCUUGCUGUUUUCAUGCAUUUAACCAUUAUCGUAACUAUUCUAAACUGCGAUGACGCGAUCUUAUUUCUGCGCACUUCAAUGACCUUCUCGCAAAAUCAGAAGAACUGUUCGAAGGUCAUAAUUAUCCACGCUUGUGCUACUAAUUAAUUGAAAAAAG